GUUAAACGUAAAUACGAGAUACGUCAGUUCGCGUAAACACCAGAGGCAAAUUUUGAUUUUCAAUGGAUUUCUCUCUCGUUUUACUAUGAUAUUCUAAUUCAGAAUGUCUCUUUCCUUUCAUCAGUUAUUCGUAUUUGGCGUUAUCCUCUUGUCAUGUGUUCUUUACGUACAGGGUCAGUCGUACGAAGAUGCACGAUGCAAAUGUGUAUGCACUUAUAAAAAUGGAACAAGGCUUGUAAAAAAAUUACGUGUUACCAGUGUCCCUCUCAGCAAUGACUGUGAUGAAGUCGCUGGUCCCGUUGAAGAAAUUGUGCAUGGGAACACAACACAGGAAAUGUGCUCUCGAUGUGAGUGUACUUAUGAAAGUAGGAACACAAACAUUAUCAAAUUUGUGGUCAUAAUUGUAAUAUGGGUCAUUUCUUUGUUAGUAAUCUAUAUGCUUUUCCUUAUUUGUCUGGACCCGUUACUAAACAAACGAGUCAAGGGAAAUUAUGUUGAACACACGAACGACGAUGUAAGUAGCCGAGAGUUCAAAAUAAUUGAUGAUAUAAGCAGUUCAAGUCAAGCGCCUGGAACUUCUCACCCGAUGGGUAUGCGAGGAAGCAAUGUAUUGAACCGCGUGGGUCACCAACAGGAUAAGUGGAAGAGGCAAGUUCAAGAACAGCGCAAGAAUAUUUACGACCGGCAUACGAUGCUCAACUAAGCUCUUCAAAUUUCUAACCAUUAAAUGGAAGCUGUAGCAAAUCGAACAGGGAGACAAAAUUUCGUUUUCAUCGUAGAAUUUUCGAUUUGAGACUUGAUCCAGGUUGCCGUGAAGGAAGUCAUGAUCUCAUAUGAAAGGCUCCAAGUCAUGGACAUUUUUAGGAACAUCUUCAAAUUCGGCCACUAUCAAUGAAUGUAGCAAGAGCAUGGCUAAAGUAGCUCUUAUGUAAGUGAAUGAGUUCAUAAAUAGUGAGCUAUUAGCAUUGAAUAAAUAAGUACUUGAUAAAAACUUGACUCGCGUGAAGACCUAUUGACUCAUUUUAACAUGACUCUUUUGUCAAAGAGAGUAGAAUUUUCAUUCCUCUGCUUAUUUAUUCAAUCUAAAGCAACUCAUUUUUUCGGAAUUUCUAGUCUAAUAAGCUGAAUUUUGAAUUUUCAUCGGAAAGAGGUAACCAAGUCAGCGAUUUGCAAAAAUCAGAAAAAAUUUCUAUCUAAAUGGCAACAACAGAUCUACAAGCUGAUAUUUUUAAGAGUUUGAUAAAGAAUUGAUUUUUGGGUAUCCAUAAGAUAACAUGAUGGUAUGUCAGUUGGGAUUCAUUACUGCGUUGAGUAAUUACUGCACUGUUUUUAUGACGUACAUCAGUCAAAUAAAAGGUUCGGGAACAGUGUUUAAAGUAAACUCAGAUUAAUUCCUCUGAAAAUCAAAUUUUAUCGCGCAAAAUUUGAAGUGAAACUAUCAUAUCUCAUUUUCACCUUGUCAUUUUGACACUCAAUUCUUGUAAAAAUGUUGUCUUUAUGUAAUCUUGAUAGUAAUCAAACUCUCCUUCCCCACAACGAUGAACAAAUCAUAAACCAGUUGAAAGAUGGAAGGAGAAAUCAAAAUUCUUGUCACCAGCUUUUAGGUUUAGAUGGUGUUAAGAAUUUAGUAAAGUUUGUUUUUUCAAUUGAUGACAAAUCAAUGAAAAUUUUGGCUGAUUUGGUAGCUUUUAACAGCAAAUUUUUAGCCUAUUUAUGCUUCAAUGUGCUUGUACAACAAUGUGUUGCUGCCAAACUGCAGGCCUCGAAAAACACCUAAUUCUAAUCCUAAUACAGUUUCUUUUUAAUGAUGUUGCACUAUAAACACCAUUAAAAACUGAAAUUUCAAUCAUCAAUUCACUUUUGUUGAAGACAUGCUUUACGGACCCAUCAUUUAUGGUCGUGUUCCUAGGUUUCUUGUUUUUCUUAUAUUUUACAAUACUGUUGUAAGUAUACUGAUUAAUUCAUGUGCAAGUUUGCAAUAAAAAGUGAAUCUUCAUUGUAAAACCUUUUUUCAAUGUUAAUGAGUGCAGCCAAUUUCAUUCUAUUAUAAAACUAUUCAUUGUUCCUUGCUGUGGACUGACCGAUUUUUUUUUUUUCAGUAUAUAUGUUACUUAAAAAAAGCUAAGUAUUCACAUUUAAAGGGAAGAAGAAAAUUAUAAUUUAUAAAAUAUAUAUUUAUGUUAGAGGUUCAGAUACGAAAGGGCUUAGUUACAUUGCAACAUUGCUAUUUUUCACUUGAAACUGUAUUUAGCUCUUUACUUAAAUUUGGCUGUAAAUCUUCAUUGAAAUGUGGUUCGACAAAGAUUCCCUCUCAAUUAAAAAAAAAAAUCAGUUUUUAGAUGAAACCUGGCAAAGUUGCAUUGCAAUUACUAAAGUCUUCCUGGAUUUGCCUUUUUCUUUGGAGUUUGUAUGGAAGGAUGAAGCUUUUUUCUUUCCCUUCUGUGAAAUCGUUCAAACUGUCCCCAUAAUAUUUUCAAGUGGAGUAAUAUCAGAGAUUCAUCGCAACAAUGUUGCUAUCAGUAUCCCAUGAGAAAACAUCUGUUCUCUUGUUUUAGCUUUCAUUAAAUCUGUCUCUGAUUUGCUGCGUUUAACAGAAAGGAACCAAGUCACAUUAGCUAUUGCCAAAUGUAACUGGGCACUCUAAUUUUUUACAAGAGAACGUUUGUGCGGAUUCCUUUGAAAAUUUCUAGGAAUUGGUUUCUUGCUAUGCACGCAAUUCACUGAAAUUUGCUCCAAAAUCUGCACAACCGUUUUCAUGUGAAAAAUUAAAAUGCCCAAUUAAAUUUGGCAAUAGCUUAUGUGCCUCGGUUCUUUUCUGCUUAAUGUGGUCUAAUUGACAAGAGAUAAUUGCAUCUGUUGAAUUGUCUGAAGAGGAGUGCCAUAGCUGUUAAUCUAUUCAUUGUUUUUUUAACCUGUGUCAAAAUUUUACCACCUUACUGCAUUAAAAAUUCCAAUAACUUUGUUGGCCCUCUGUAAACACGGCUUGUUAAUUUGACUCUUCAAGUUAAACUCUUCUGUCUUCAUUUGAAUGCAGCCUGUACCCACAUAAUUUUAAAUAAAACUUUGUUUUUUUAAAAUGAAA